AUGUAUAAAUGUACAGAUGGCAAUACGCAGUCCGUUCCAUAUGUAAGACUAGAAAUCCAUCCACUUAACAAAUGGGAUGUUAAGAACAGUUCAGGAACUUCCAAUGUUGAGCAAAGUGAAGACCAUAUACAUCUUUUAUCCCCUCCAACAGCUGCUCAGAGCUAUCCAGUUCCUAGCAACCAAGAGAACAUAAACUUGGCACAACCCUUCAUUUUUAAUUCUUUUCUAACCAAAGGAGAGAAGGAUGAUUUUUCUAAGGGGACAGACACUGAAGAGCACUUCAGUACCUUUAUCCUACCCAGUCCGGAACCAACGUAUAGCAGCACCAAAUCAGAGGAAAAGAUGAGUGACAAAGGGGAAACGGCAGAAGAUAGGCUGCUGUGGAGGACACCCGAUGCCCAUCGACAGGAUAGCCUAUUGGUGUAUAAAAGUUUCUUCAGCGAGGAGUGUGACUACAUUAUCAACCAGCUACAGCACAAAGCUGUGGAAGGGAAGAGUGGGAGCAAAAGAAAACUGGUGGAUAUGGAAGUUUCCCUCAUUGAUGAAGAGCUCCCGCCUUUCUUUUGCACCCCAGAUGACACGCCAAAUAUGUGCAGUAGCAAGAGGAAGAGAAUGGAGCAGUUGGGCAGCAAGAGGAAUCUUAAUGUGUAUUUUCAGCGCCCUGAAAUCUUGCCAUAUGGAUGUUUUUCUGUGGCAAACCAGAAGGAACUUUCAGGCAACACAAACGUACCAAGAUGGAAGCAAAAUCCUUACUGUUCCAAAUCCCAAUCUGCUGUAAACAGUCAGCCUCUGAUUGGCUUGAAACCAUUAAACUGUGAACGAUCCUAUAGGGAGAAUUGCACGCAUUUUGUUGAUCCAGUGUCAUCCAGUGCGAAGACCAUAAUGAAACUUUCGCCAGUCAAGGAAGUAGCAGGUGAAUCCACUGCCUCCGAAGAUCGGAAGCAGAAUGGAGCACAUUCUCCACCUCUUCAAAAUCUUCAUACUCUGCCUGCACAAUCUGCAUCUGGUCUGAUAUUUAAAUCUGUUCGAGACGGUGAGCAUGUUGCAGGGAUCCGCCAACAAAACGUCAAAACAUCAACUAAUGAAAUAAAAGUACCUGAAUUUCUUGACAAGGAAGAACCUGUAUUUCAAAUGGAAACAAAUAGUAUCUUUGAUGGAAGUCUGCCCGAUCUAGAGAAGAUGAACUUUAGCUCUGUAAAUUCCAUCUUGUUGGAAAAUGAAAGUAAUCAAAAUAGCAAAGCUAUGAGCAAUACCAGAGAGUUCCAGUCUAAUGUGACUGUCUCAAAGGACAAUUCUAGUACCUGUGAGCUGCCGGCAAAGGUUUCAGAGCCCAGAGGCAGGCUUUGUAGGGUGAUGUUUCCAGAAGAAGGUGAAAUGGCCAAAGAGAGGACAGAUGCCGUCAUGUCUGCAGUUAAUAUCACUCAGGACAUUGUACCACAACAUUGCGGAGCAGCCGCAGCCAAUGUCACUUGGGAUGUUGUGUCAAAAUCUGAGAAGAUUUUACACAAUGUAACACGGGAUAUUUCAGUAAAUCCUGUUGAAGUGACUGCAGCCAGUGUCACCCAGGACAUUGUUUUGGGAACUGCUCAGGCACGUGCUGCCAACGUAACCUGGGACAUUGUAUCCAAAUCUGAGCAGAUGCGUACAGCCAGUGUUACUCAGGACAUUGUAUUAAAACAUGGUGAGGUAGCUGUGGAUCUGGAGGAUCUGGCUUGUAAGGAAACGCCAAACAGGGCCAUACGUAAAGUAGCCAGUGAGAUGGUCUUGGCACACCCGGCUAAUGCAACACAAGACUUGACACAUGAUAUAAUUACUGCAGUAAACGCUACACAGGACAUUGUGUUGGAAUCUAAUUCUGGAAAUGUGGUAGAAAAGGUCGGUCAUCAAGAACAAUUGGAAGUUUGCAGAAAAUCGUGGGAGGGAGAAAGUGCUCUUGAUGAGGGGAUUUUCUCCAAUGGCUCUCUCUCUUUUAUCACCUCAACACCCGUCACAGGUAAUGGGAAUUACCGUUGCAUCACAGGACCUGUUAGAAUUCCUGUGCUCCGUGAUCCCAGCUCUUUACAGGAACUGCCAACAACAAAAGCCUUAGAAUCAAAAUUACCUAUCCAGAAAAGACCAUUGGGAGCGAAAUUAUUUGAGGGCAAUCCGGUCAGAAGACUUAUUGCCAAGGGCUCUUUGCUACCCCACUUUGUGAAGAGAUGCAAUGAUCCAGUGGCAGUGGAAAAGGAAAAAUUAAUUGAUCCACCAAAUGUUAUCUCUUCUGCCCUCUGCCCUCUACCAACAGUAGCUUCAGUAAUACAGCCAUUAAAAGAGCCAGAGCUUUCCCAUAUUCAGCCACAAGACAUUUCUGGGCUUGGCAGUACCUAUGUCAUUUCCUCACUUGCCAGAAGUGAUCAGCCAAAAACGUUUGGUAACAAUGGUCCCAAAAGUGUUUCUGGGACAUUUGGAAUGGUUAUGCAUCAGAAAACCAUUGGCAACCGUUUGGCUCCUAAUGCUGCAGCUGCAAAGCUAGGGCCAUGUGCCAUCCAGUUAUCCAAGGAAAGAAUGAGUAGACCACCACAAAUGUGUUCCCGUAGCAGUGGACUUUGCAUUCCAAGAGGUCCAAGAAAUGGUGUCAGUCUUCAACGUGCUUCUAUACCUAUCAAGACUCCUGCCGGGGUCCAGAAAAUUGACAGUUUCGGGGCAAGACAAUCUGUACAUCCAUCGCCACCAUUGGUCUUGCAAGCAACCUGUCCCAAAAAGAAACCCCUACCAUCAGGAUUACCAAAGCUUUCCAAGCAGAGAAGUUGACUGCAACAGAUUUAGAGUAGUUGCUUCUUGAGACUAUAAUGGCACCAAGAGAAGAC